AUGAGGGCCAACAAUCUGCUGUCCGUCCUACCCCUUGCUGGCUUUUCCGUCGGCUGCGGCCAUCACCACGACGAUAAGCAGUGGACUAAAGAAGAAUUGGCUGAAUUGGAGGCAAAAUGGGGAUUCGAUUGGGCAUUUGGGGGCAUUGGCACGUUCGCGCACCUCAACCAUGUCAAAUGCCUUACUGAGCCGACCGAGCCCUUCGAUAUUGCUAUCGUCGGUGCCCCGUUUGAUACCGCCGUCACGUACCGUCCCGGUGCAAGGUUCGGCCCAAGAGCGAUUCGUCACGCAUCAGGGCGCCAGCAUUCCCUCCGUGGUUAUAAUCCUCGAGCAGAUAUCAACCCAUAUCAGAACUGGGCCAAGAUUGUAGAUUGUGGAGAUAUUCCAAUUACGCCUAUUGACAACAAUAUUGCCCAGGAACAAAUGACGCAGGCUUUGACGCAGUUGGGUCAGCGCAAGACUGUAUCAUCUGUGGCAUCCAAGCCAAAGCUGUUCACGCUCGGCGGUGAUCAUAGCUUGACACUCCCCGCCCUCCGAGCGCUAAAGAAGGCUUAUGGCGACCGAGAUAUCCAAGUCCUCCACUUUGAUGCUCAUCUUGACACCUGGAAUCCCAACGCGUAUCCUUCCUACUGGGGCGCAACGCCUUUCAACCACGGGUCCAUGUUCUGGUUGGCCAACCAAGAAGGUCUCUUUUCCAACUCAUCGUCUCACCCGUCAGUCCACGCGGGUCUACGAACACGUCUCUCUGGCAUCGUUGACCAUGAAGAUGACACUGCGCAAAAUUGGAUUCGGUUCUCGGCCCAUGAUAUUGAUAAAAUUGGUACUCAGGGUAUCAUCGACGGUAUCAUGAAGAUUUUGGGUAAUGAAAAUUUGGUAUAUCUAUCUGUUGAUAUUGAUGUGCUUGACCCUGCUUUUGCGCCAGGAACAGGCACUCCUGAGCCAGGAGGUUGGUCUACGCGGGAAUUUAUUACUAUUCUAAGGGGUAUCGAGGGGCUAAACCUCGUUGGUGCUGAUGUGGUCGAGGUCUCACCCGUGUAUCAAGGCGCAGGAGAGGAGACCACCUUUGCUGCCGCGCAGGUUGUGUAUGAGAUUUUGACAUCGAUGGUGAAAAGAGGGAUGAAGGAUCUGGGGAAAGAAGCCCAGUCUGGCAAAGACGAGCUGUAG